CCUCCCUCACUCUCAUAACAACUUCUUCCACCCCCCAUAACUCUCUCUCUCUCUCUCUCUCUCUCUCUCUCUCCCCCCGACACGCACAACCAGAAAGGAAAGGGACGACCAGAAAGAAGAGAACACCCAUGUCCGGCGAAGACGACACCGACCCGGGGUGGGUCCGCCUCGCCAUGACCGACGCCUCCCUCGUCGCCGAGCUCCUCCUCCGCCUCGGCCACUCCCGCCUCAACCCGCCGCACCCCGCCUCGCCCCCCUCGGAGCUCGCCUGGACCGUCCGCCAGCGCCGUACCAGGCCGCCCCCCAGGAACCCGGCCGAGGACAGCAAGAAGGGCGGCCGCUCCAGCCCCACCACGCCCCUCUCGUGGAGCGGCGCCACCUCCAGCGGCGGCGGCGGGGGGUCCGAGGAGUCGCCGCCCCACUUGGACAGCGCCACGAGAUCUAAGGUCCCUAUAGCGAGUGCGAGUACCGUGUCAGCUACCAUCGGCGGCAAAAGGCCGAGGAAGAAAAAGACUUUGGCUGAACUCAGAGAAGAGGAAAGCUUACUGUUGAAGGAAAGGAGAGAUCUGAGACAAGAAUUGGUGACUUUACGGCUCAACUUUGAGAAAGAAAGAUCCAUAAACCAAAGCUUGAAGAGAACAAAGAUCGGUGUGCGACCUCCGGUUAUUUCCGAGCAACAUGAGCAAGCACGGGCACCUUGUGUUCCAUCGGACUGCACGGAACAGAGAAGUGGUGAUGGUGGCGCUGAAGUAGCAAUGCGACCACGUUCUUGUAACAUUUCAGAAGUAAAGAAGGCCGAGAGCCGCGAGACGCUCGAGCUACCCGACCUGAACCUGCCGCUCGAAGAUGGCGGCGGCCCCAACAUUUCGUGUGCCGCAGCUUGAGGGAGUUCCGUCAAGCCCCGGCAUGGUGCUGCAUUCUUACUGAAGUGAGCUGACUGAUUUAAGUUUAAUUCAAUCAAGUAGCUAGCUGAUAAUUUUCCUAGUCUUGCGCAUGGAGUAUCGAGGCAGGAUUGAAAUUGAUCAUGAGUUUGAUUAGUUGUUGUAAUUACCAAUGGUAGUACUUACCGAGCUAGUUAGCCUUACCACGUUUUCACGUGUCUUUUCCAAGGUUAGUGUAAUUGUAGACACCCUUACCUAGAUUUGUAUUCAGCUCUCUCUCUC